AUGGCAGAAGAAUAUGUCGAAAAUAUUAAUAUUGAUAUCGAAAGUGAUGAGAACGAAUCAGGCAAUGUCGUGCCGGAUUUUAACAAACAAUUGAUUGAAUAUUCAAAGCAAUUACAUAUAAAAAAUUUUGAUUAUUCUCAAUUUGAAAUAAAUAAUAUUAUUGGGCGCGGUGGAAUUGGAAUUGUUUAUUCUGCUACUUUUCAGAAGAAAAAUUAUGUGCUAAAAAAUCUAAGCAAUCAUUUAUUUAUUGAUAAUAAAUCAUUUAAAAAUCUCAAGCAUAAUGCUGGUGAUAAUUCUAUUGAGGAGAUUAUUAAAACAUCAGGAGUUGGGUUUUAUGACUAUGAUGAAUUUUCCGAAAUUAAGAAAAUUGGAGAAGGUGGAUUUAGCCAAAUUGAAAAGGCUUACUGGAAUACAAAAAAUAAAACUGUCGCCCUAAAGAGUCUAAAAGUCAAAGUGAAUUCAAAUGAAAACAUUAAUGAAGGUUUUAAAAGAGAGGCACGAUUGCUAGCCAAAAUCUCGUCGAAAGAUAUUGAACCACAUCCUAAUGUUAAUCAUUUUUACGGUGUGACUAAGGAUAAAGGUUCAAAAUAUUUUUUAAUCUUACAAUAUACCAAUGGAGGCAAUUUGCGAGAAUAUUUAAAAGAAAACUUUGCGAAGCUCACAUGGGGCAAAAAACUAAACAUGGCAUUUGAAAUUGCGAGUGGACUUAAAUAUUUGCACAAAAAGAAAAAUAUCAUUCAUCGAGAUCUCUCAGACGAGAGGAAUCAACAACCUACUUUACAAGAUACAAAAAAUUAUGAUUGCGAAGAAAAAUCUGAUAAAGUUAAUACAGAUAUAAAGAACAAUCCUAUGAUAGAAGAAAUUAUUAAAAAGUCAGAAAUUACCGUUUAUGAGUACAAUAAUUUUUUUAAUUUUAAAAAAUCUGGUGAAAGUAAAUUUAGUCAGGUUUUGAAGGCAGAUUGGAAAGAUAAUUCUGCCGUUGUUUUAAAAAAUGACAUUGAAGGUGAACCAUCUACACCAUUAAUCAUACCUGAGCAAAUUGAAGCUAUUAAAGUCGAUAAUUUGAUCAAAAAUCAAAUCGAAGAAUCAAAAAAAAUAAGAUUGGUCGGCAUAUGUGACAGUGGUUUUACAUUUAAAGAAAAUCGUAUCGAGAAGGCUUGUGGUCAAGCAUUUAAAAUUAAUAUAGAUCAAAUUACAAAUAUACAAGAUGAGAAUAAUUAUGAAAGAAAUGAAAAUUUUGAGUAUGAAUUUGGUGUUUUUUUUAAACGAAAUUCCAAAUUUUCUGCUAUUCUACCCAGUAAAUAUCGUUUUCCUGGUACAUCGUUUACAAUACGUUCAAAUUUAAUAAUGAAGGAAGAAAUUAUUAUAUCAAAAUCAAGCAUUACAUUAACUGAAAGCUUUAUAAAUGAUGUUAAAAAUGCUUUAAAUACAACAGAUAAUAAAUUAAUCAAGCUUCGUGAGAUAUCGGAAAAAUAUGGUCAUUUUUAUGCACAUCGCUUUGGUUUCGGAGGAGCUAUUAUUCAUAUUAAGAAUGCUAACAAAUUUUCGGGAAAUUCUGAACAAACUAAAAUUAUUGGUGGGAAUGUUGAAGAGAAUACUGAAGGAAAUGAUAACCAUGCAUGGAUUGAAUCACUUAAAGAUUUUCGUACAUGGGAAAUAAUUGAGUACAGUGAUAUUUGUCCUAUAUUUGACUUAUUAAAUGAUGAAUUACGAAACAAAGUUUUAGAAGCAUUAGGAAAAAGAAUUUUAAAAGUGAAAGUAGAAACUCUCUCGUACCCGUUGGGUGAUCAGAAAACACCUUAUGUCUACCCUUUAAGUGAUCAAUUAAAGGAUAUAUAUAACAUUAAAGAUUGUCAAAUAUUUACUUCAAUUAAAAGUCAGAAUGAGAAAUAUGUAUUUUCAACACAUAUAAAAUAUGAAGAAGAAAAUAUUCCGGUCGUUGUUAUUCAUCAUAUAAAAGCCAAGAAAAAAAAACCUAAAUGUGAAAAAAUAUCAUCAAACAAAAAAAGGUUUCCUUUCAAAGAAUGUCCAAUUCAGUUAUGUUGGUUUGUAGUCGGAUAUCCAGCAGACUUUGAUUUUGAUCAGACACUUCGACAAUUGGAAAUUCAAAGCGAAAAAUAUCCUGUUUCUAUUUCAAAUGAUAUGUAUAUGGUACAACUUCCAUAUUCUGUAAAGGAUGAAUACGUACUAGGAACAUGUGUUUUGGAACCAUCAUCAAGUAAUAUUGAUACACUUGUGAUUGGUGUACAUUUUGCAUUUUCCAGAAAUUCUGCAUGUUUGUUCGUCUACGAUGAUAAUAAACCAUUGAUCAAUAAAGAACUGCAACAAAGUUUGAAGUUAUUCGUUUGUACAAUUAAUUAUAAGUUUUCUUAUCAAGAUGGAUUUCUUGGUCAAAGUGUAAUAACCUGGAAUAAUUUACAAUCAAAGUUAUCUAGCAUUAUUAGAAAGCCAAUCAAUUUUUUUAAUACUAUUAAAAAAAAUACUGAACCAAAAAAAGAUGAUAAUCUUUUUACCUCACCGGUAUUUAUAAGCCAAUUCUUCAAUGAUAACUUUGGUAAAUGUCAUGGUAUAAUUAAUGUCACGUCAAGUUCUAUUAUACAUGGUCCUUUAAAUUCACAAGCACGUAAGCAAAAAGAAGCACAAAUUUCAUAUUUUCAUGUUCCUCAGGAAUUAUAUUGA